UAAAGCGAAAAAUCUCCGAUUUAGCAGAGAUCUGCGGAUUUGGAAAUGUCGUCGAUCGGCCAGAACGCCAAUCCAGUUCACUGGAUGAACCGUAUGGUUUCGGAAUCCUAUUAUUUGCUGCAUUGCUUGGCUUUCUUCUCCUACAUUCCUGUUCGUUGCGCCGCCGCGCAAGUCCUCUCGUCUCGCAGCUCAGCUCAUCUUCUUCACCGAGAGAUUCAAGCUUUCCUUUCCUUUGGUGUUUUAGCUGCUAUCAAGGUGGUGAGAACGGAAUCUUGGGAGGCAUUUAUAUCAGAUACUUUAUUUUAUGCAAAGAUUUUCCUUGCUGCUAUUGCUUUGGUGCUGGACUAUCACUUGGCCUUGUGGUAUGCCAUAGCAUUUUUAGUUAUAUAUAUCAUUGCCCAACAACCUGCAUAUGAAGGAUUUGGUGCAUCAAGUCCUUUGACACCGCUCCAGUUGGAAACUGUGCUUACUGAAGUGAACACGUCAAAAUUUUGGAUGGUGGAAUUUCGUUCUCUGUCUACUUCCAGUUGCGUUCGAGCAAGCUCCUUUAUUCCUGAACUCUCGGUUACAUUCUCAAAUAAAAAUUUAUCAUUUGUAACUGUUGAUCUUGGACUGUUUCCAAAUGCUGCUGAGAAGUUUGGAAUCAGCCUUGGAAGUCUGCACCAACUUCCUGCAUACGUAUUGUUCCAUGAUGGAACCGGGAUAAUACGAUUACCUGAGACGGAUUAUGAAGCCAAGUUUUUUGAGGCUCCUGUGUCCAAGAAAUUUCUUUGCCGGCAUUUUGGGCUCGAUAAAAUGCUCCUCGACUACAUAAAUGGUAAAUAGGUAAGCAACAAAGCUCUGCACGUCGUAAACUCAACAGAUUUUCCCCUCUUUGCUCUUACCACCUGACCCCAUAUUCAUGAUUUUCUGAUAAGCUAGCAAUCGUCUGUCAGUUAUAUAUACGAAGUAGGCGUGUGUUGUGAUAUCCUGCCAUUUGCUAAACUUUGGUUGAUCGAAACUUGAAUAAUGAGGCAAAAUCUGUUAGUACUGGAAACAUUGCUGCUGGAGGUACCGUUUUGAAAUUGUGCUAUCUACCUUAUUUGAUUGUCAAAUUUUCUAUUUUAAUAUGAAAUUUUGAAAUAUUUUUUCUUUUUUCUGUCA